GGAGGGUAGGAGCAGCGUCUCUGGGCAGUGGGUCGGGCAAAGGGCAAAGGGCAAAGGGCAAAGGUCAGCGUCCAGAUUCGUUGGAGUCACUGUUUAGCAAUGGCUGCGUCUGGGGAACCCGGAAAGCAGUGUCAAGAGGAGGCGGCGGCGGUGGUAGUGGUGGGCUCCUGCAUGACAGACCUCGUCAGUCUUACUUCUCGUUUGCCAAAAACUGGAGAAACCAUCCAUGGACAUAAGUUUUUUAUUGGCUUUGGAGGGAAAGGUGCCAACCAGUGUGUCCAGGCUGCCAGGCUUGGAGCAAAGACAUCCAUGGUGUGCAAGGUUGGCAAAGAUUCUUUUGGCAAUGAUUACAUAGAAAACUUAAGACAGAAUGAUAUUUCUACAGAAUUUACAUAUCAGACUAAAGAUGCUGCUACUGGAGCUGCUUCUAUAAUUGUCAAUAAUGAAGGCCAUAAUAUCAUUGUCAUUGUGGCUGGAGCAAAUUUACUUUUGAACACUGAAGACCUGAAGGAAGCAGCUCGUGUCAUUAGCAGAGCCAAAGUAAUGAUCUGCCAGCUAGAAAUAACUCCGGCAACUUCUUUGGAAGCCCUGACAAUGGCCCACAAUAGUGGAGUGAAAACAUUGUUCAAUCCAGCCCCUGCCAUUGCUGACCUGGAUCCCCAGUUCUAUGCUCUCUCAAAUGUCUUCUGCUGCAAUGAAAGUGAGGCAGAGAUUUUAACAAGUCUUGCAGUGAGCAACCCGGCAGAAGCUGGGAAGGCUGCCCUGGUGCUCCUGGCAAGGGGCUGCCAGGUUGUAAUCAUCACCUUGGGGGCCGAAGGAUGCGUGAUGGUGUCACAGACAGAGCCUGUUCCAAAGCAUAUUCCCACAGAGAAAGUUAAGGCUGUGGAUACCACGUGUAGACCUGGCUCAGGCUUCAAGAGUGAAACAGCAACUGUAAGGAAGCAGAAACAUUAUAAAUAACCCAGAGAGCCCUUUUAUAACAGCAACUGCCUGCUGAUUUUGUGGCCUAACAGCGCAAGCAAAAAAAAGAUAUAAAUACAGUGUUGUGCAAUGACUAAUUACUGAAAAUUUUGUGCCUCAGCAGAAGUGGAACCUGUGGUUGCGGCUAAUGUUAUCAAAUGCCUUUGCUAUUUAAUAAUCUGGUAGCUCUAUAUUAUUUAGCAUGCAGUUUUCACAGAGGACAAUGAUUUUAUUUCAAGUAUCUCUCACAGAAAUAAAAAAGCAGCUGUUAGAAUAUGAACAUUUGGCAGAAAAAUAUUUUAGCAAAUCUUUUGUAAGAGACAAAAUCUUACUGGGUUAACUGUUUUCUAUCUAGAAUAGUAGAGUCAAAAAAAAAAAAAAAUAGGUUUCUGACCACACAAAGCCAGACCAGUCCUUAGAACCCUGUGAAUCACUAACAGAUAUUUUAAGUCCCAUUUAUACGCUGAUAUGUAAAGUUAUUUAUAUACAAAGCAUUCAUUAAUGCUGCCUGAAGAAUGGGGUCUUUCUCAUUCCAUUUUUAGCUUGCACUCAAGAUUCCACUUCUUUCAUUAAUUAUAGAAUAAAGUAAUCUACCACAGAUGUUGUGGGCAGAAUGGAGGCUUUCUCCAGUUUUGAGUCUCUGCAGCCAUUCUUCUCUGUGGUUGCCCAGUCA